AUGGACCCAGAAAAAUAACUGAUGGAUUAACCAAUAGAAGAAGAGUCUGAUAUGGAUGAAGAUGAAAAGAAAUUGAAAGGAGAUUGGCAUUAACAAUUGUAUUAAGGUGUAUUUAAUUGGUUAGAUUGAGUGCAUGUUAAAAAGGAGAUUUAACAGCAGUCUAGCGUUGUUUAGAUAAGAGAGCUAAUGUUUUAUAUGAGGAUAAGAAAAAAUGGAAUCCUUUAAUGUGGGCAUCAUGUAGAGGGUACACAGAAAUAGUGCGUGUUUUAUUGUCUCGUUAAGCAGCAGCACCAUAUGUUCCAGAAAUGGCGUUGAUAUUGUAGAACUUUGCAUAGACAAUGCCUAUUUAUUCAAGUCCAUAGAAUGCAUCAUCACCAACUAAGUCCACCUAUUUUGGAGGUAGUCCAGGAGGUGGAGCUUAAUCUGCAGUGUUUAAUUUCUAAUAAUAAUAAUUAUCAAAGAAAGUUGUUUAGGGAAUAAUAAAUUAAUAAGUUCGAUCGACUCCAUUGAUGUGGGCUUGUUUCAAAGGACAUGUGUAGGUUGUUUGGUUAUUAUUGAAGGCAGGAUUGAGUUGGGAGGUAAAAGAAAAUUAGAGAUUUUAAUAUAGGAUGUGGAUCAAUUUGGUAAUAACAGUGUUCAUUUGGCAGCAUCAGGAGGGAACUAAGUAGUAUUUUAGACAUUGUUGUUUUAUGGAGUAGCUGUAGACAGACCAAAUACAAGGGGACAUACUGCUAAAGAUUUGGCAACUAAUGCCUAUAUAUUAUAAUUGAUUAAGUUGUUAGAGAUAAGUGGUUAAACAGCCAAAUACUUUUGUAUGACUUGUAGAAAGUUUUGGAAGUAGGAGGAGUAUAGAAUGGAUUGGGUAUAUGAGAAUGCUGAAUCGAAUGAUACUGAAAAGCCAGAAGGGAGAUGUUUGAAUUGUUGGAAUACAAUAAAGAAACAUACUGAAGAAUUAUUGAGCAUAAUUGAUAAAUAAGAUCAUAAGUUAUUGACAGAGAAAUUGAAUGAAAUUGAGAAGGGAAUAGUAAUAAAGAAUGAGAAUGGAAAGGAGGAAUUUUAAAGAAUAGAGAUUGAUCCUAAGAAUUAUAAAUUUGCAUUGAUUGAAUAGGAGAAAUUAAGGACUUAGAAUGUGAUAUUGGAGUAUUUGAGUACUUUGAAGCAUGUUGCAAAUUAUAAAACUAUCUUGAAAUCUGUCAAUUAGAUAUAGGCUAUGUUGGAUGAUGCUGUAAAUAGAGGUGUUAAGAUUGAUGCUCAUGUUAAAGAGGAAGCUGAGAAGGAGAUGGAAAGACUUAAAGCAGAAGUACAUUUAAAUAAUAUUUAUAGAGAAAUUUGUAAUUCGAAUUAGAUAAUUUAGAUAUUGGAUUAUCAACACCUGAAUAAGUGGUUGUAUUAAAUGAUAAAGUAGUUAUAGCAACAGAAAAAGGAGUUGAUAAAUAAUAUAUAGAUUAAGCUUCGGAAUUAAGGGAUAAGAUGGCAAAAGCUAUUUAAGCUAAGAAAAUAUUGAAGAUGUUUAAUGAGUAUCCUGCUAGAGAGAUUCCAGAUCCUAUAAAAUGGGAUCCUAAGACAAAGAAACCUAUAGAUCCUAUAACAGGGAAACCUAUAGAUCCUUUAAAAUUGGCAUUACAGAAUCAAAAGAAAAAAAAGAAGAAGGAACCUAAGUUUGUAAUACCAGAAUGGGCUAAUGAUGUAAAAUCUUUGGAUGAGAAUAUUAAGGGUAUUAAUAUUUAAUAUUAUGAUUAUAGGAUUGGAAGGAUUGUUAAAAGAGGCAGAAGUACUUAAUUUAAAUCAUGAAUUUGUGGAGGAGAGUGUUUAAUAAAUAAAGAGAAUGAAGAAUGAAAUGAGAUAUAGAAAAGAAGUUGAUGAAUAAUUAAAAUGGAUUGCUGAUGCAAAGGCUGCAGAAAAGAAGAAAAAUAAAUGA